UUCAUAAUUGCUGAACUGUGAUUGCAAUCAGGGUUUUAAAGCCGGUUAGUGCAGCAAGAAGCUGAAGAAGAGGUAAAGGCAGGAAGAGAAGAGAAUGAGACUUGAGAGAAGGUGACUGUGUCUUUGGGUUAAAAAUUAGGUUUUGGGUGGAGGCGAGUGAAGAGAAGAGCUGAAGCUUUGGUUUAAAAUAACAAGUGCUACAAAACAUGAAGUAACUUGGCCUGAUCAAAUAUUUAAAAGAAAGAAUUUGGGUAAUUAAUAAAAUAUAAUGAUUCAAGAAGAAAAUGUACCAAAACUUGGUUUAUACCAAGAAAUUUCAUCACUAAAGACUAACGAAUUGAUGAAUUCUUAUAACUAUGACCUAUUCAUAACCUCACAGAUGUUACAGGCUAGUUUUGAAGUACUCUCCCAGCAUUUUUGUUUAUGUUCAGAAGGAACAUCUAGGAUUGAGGUGAGGUGCAUAGGAGAAAGCUCCUUAAAGGACAAGACUCACUCAAGUCCAAAGUCUCAUAGAAAGACAAGGAUUGGAAGUCUCAACUUCGAUGAGAAGCUGCUGAGUUUUAUAGACGCUAUCAGUAUCUUCAAGAAUCCUGAUGAAAUCAUAUUCAUUGGAAACAAGAAAGGGAGGAAUCGUAUAAAUGCAAGUAGGAAGAGGUCUAAAUACAUUGGUGUCUGCAAGAACGGGCCCCACUGGCAAGCUCUAAUAGCUAUAAACAAACAGAAGACUUACAUUGGAACUUAUAUGACGCAAGAACUCGCUGCUAAAGCUUAUGACUUCUACUGCAUGCUUAUCCAAUCGCUAAAAGCGAAGACAAAUUUCUCAUAUACGAAGAGGGAGGUGGAGGAGAUGAUCUCCCAUUACUCCCAGUCCGAUAGAAACGAGAACAUCAACGUCUAACAUCUCUCCUGUAUCGAUUUUAUAUCAUAUACCGUCUU